AUGGGGCUGAGCUACGGGCUCUUCAUCUGCUUUCUGCUCUGCGGGGGCACCGGGGUGUGCUCCCCGCCACUGCUCUGGCCCCUGUUGGGCGGGACCCGCCCUCCGAUGCUGCCUGCAUCCCCCGUGGAAGUGGAGUGUCUGGAAGCGCAGCUGGUGGUCACGGUCAGCAGAGACCUUUUUGGCACCGGGAAGCUAAUCCAACCUGCUGAUCUCACCCUGGGCCCGGAGGGCUGCCCGCCGCUGUUCUCCAGGGGCACCGAGGAUGUGGUCAGGUUUGAGGCUGGCCUGCAUGAGUGUGGUAACGGUGUGCAGGUGACGGACGAUGCCCUGGUGUACAGCACCUUCCUGCUCCAUGACCCCCGUCCCAUGGGAAACCUGUCCAUCGUGAGGACAAACCGCGUGGAGGUUCCCAUUGAGUGCCGCUACCCCAGGCAGGGCAAUGUGAGCAGCCAGGCCAUCUUGCCCACCUGGGUGCCCUUCAGGACCACGGUGUCCUCAGAGAAGAAGCUGAUUUUCUCUCUGCACCUGAUGGAGGAGAACUGGGCCGCUGAAAAGUCGUCCCCCACCUUCUACCUGGGAGACACGGCCUAUCUCUGGGCCAAAGUCCACACCGGCAGCCACCCACCGCUGCAGCUGUUCGUGGACCACUGUGUGGCCACACCUACGCCGGACCAGAAUGCCUCCCCUCGUCACAGCAUCGUGGACUUCCACGGUUGCCUCGUGGAUGGUCUUUCCGGUGGCUCUUCUGCAUUCCAAGCCCCCAGGUCUGAGCCAGAUGUUCUCCGGUUCACCGUGGAUGUGUUCCACUUCGUCAACGACUCCAGAAACACGAUAUACAUCACCUGCCAUCUGAAGGUCACUCCUGUUCACCAAGCCCCAGACCAACUCAACAAAGCCUGUUCUUUCAACAAGUCCUCCAACAGCUGGCUGCCGGUGGAAGGCCCCGCCCACAUCUGCAACUGCUGCAGGACGGGGGACUGUGGGUUUCCGGGCUACAGGAGGCAGCCCCCUGUCAUGAGUCAGGGGCCCAAGUCCGCUUCUCGAAACCGUAGACAUGUGACAGAAGAAGCGGACGUCACCGUGGGCCCACUGAUCUUCCUGGGGAAGGCGGACCGUGGGGUUGAGGGCUGGAGUGUUCCUGCCCAGGCCUCCGUGGCCCUGGGCCUGGGCCUGGCUGUGGUGGCGUUUCUGACCCUGGCUGCUGUUGUCCUGGGCCUUGCCAGGAGGUGCCACACCGCUUCCCACCCUGUGUUCACUUCUUAA